GCAAUAUACAGGAAUGGGGGAAGGGUGGGUCACAAAAUCCUUUAUGCCUUGAAAUUCUCUCUGCCUCCUACUAGGCGCACUAUCGCUUUAAGCAGGGAGUGCUAUCAAAAAAAGAUUCCUGCAUUAUAUUCACAAAUCAUGGGCGACGUUCCACAAUUAAUUAAAAUCAACGUUUCUUUGAAAAUACAGCCUAAUGACGGACCUGUUUAUUUUAAAGUGGACGGGCAGAGAUUCGGCCAAAACAGGACUAUAAAAUUACUAACGGGCUCCAAAUACAAAAUCGAAUUGGUCGUAAAACCUGGAGCGAUAUCUGCAACGACAAUGAGCAUAGGCUCCGUGAGCUUCCCCUUAGAGCAGAAGUCUAAAGACCCUCAAGCUGUCAACUACAUCGGAAUAUAUGACACCGAAGGAGUGGGUCACACCAAAAGCGGGGAGAGACAGCCGGUGCAAAUGACUAUACAGUUUGAUGAUGUUGGUGCUUUUGAGACGGUCUGGCAAGUAAAAUACUACAACUAUCACAAGCGGGACCACUGCCAGUGGGGGAACAGCUUUAGCAGCAUUGAAUAUGAAUGCAAACCCAACGAGACUCGUAGCCUGAUGUGGAUAAACAAGGAGACAUUUCACUGAAGAUGCCUGAAGAAGAAGGAGAUGCAAAAACAAAACUGUGUUUUCUGAGGGCUACUCCGAAAGCACUAUGCCUUAAAAUAGGCAUCGAUCCCAACAUUUGGUUCUUCAAGGAAAAUAUUCUUUUGUUGUAGUAUGUUUAGUGUUUUCCCAGUCUGAAAAAAAAAAAGAUGAGUGGUUUUUGCAUUUCAAGUUCAAGAUAAAGUGGGUACUGUGAUUGAGAUCAUGCCAUUUACCCUUUCAAGUAUUUGUGUUGGUGAUUUUUGUGCAGUCAAAAUAUUUUCUACCUCUGAUUCCCAAAAGCUUAAGCAAGUUUACAGUAGUUAGAUUAAAAACGAGUUUACUUGUUUACACAUUAAGUUAUUUAUUAUGACAUGUGAUCACAUUAUGUUUUCAGUUGUUUACUUAUUUGUGUGUUUUUAUUGAAAUAAUAAUAUUAAUUACAUACUCGACAAAGUCAUUAAAUUACGACAAUCUCCUGUAUUAUUUUAAAAUCUUAACACAAAAUAGCAGGCACAAUUCUAUAAAUACUUUCUGAUUUAAUUGAAAUUCUUCAAUUUACCAAUCACGAUGCAAUAAAGUUCACUAAAUUAAUCUUUAUAAA